UGUCCAAAAAAUUAAUUUUCCUUUUCUGUUCUGAUAUUUGAAUCCCGCGCAUUCUCUCACCUCACCAAUUCACUUAAUCUCAAUUCUCAAUCUUUAGGGCUUAACACAUUUCAUUUCAUCAUGUUUCUCGCUUUCUAAUUCUCCCUCAAACACUCCAUCUCGCCGCGAACCGCUUCCAUGGCGGACGAUAGCUCUAAUUUCGACGCGGCCGCUGCUACCGAUUCGUCCAAACCGCCUUCGUCGUCGUGUAUUAGAAUAGGUGACCGUCAACUCUUCCAUGUUGAGCUCCGACCAGGCGAGACCACCAUUGUAUCGUGGAAGAAACUUCUCAAGGACGCCUAUAAGGCCAACGAUGGAUCCACUUCCGCGGCUCCGGAGCAAGUUCCCAAAGCAAACCCCGCGCUUGAAGCUCGAAUCGCUCCUGGACAAGCUGAGAAUAAUGAACAAGAUGCUCCCCAGACAAACCGGUUCAGCGCUGUAAUAGAGAAGAUUGAACGGCUUUACAUGGGUAAGGAUAGUGACGAUGAGGAUCUACCCGUUGUUCCUGAUGAUCAGUAUGAUACAGAAGACUCUUUCAUUGAUGAUGCUGAACUGGAUGAAUAUUUUGAGGUUGACGAUUCUGUAAUCAAACAUGACGGUUUCUUCAUAAACAGGGGAAAAUUGGAACGCAUAAAUGAACCUCCGGCAUUACCUAAUCAGCCAGCAAAGAAAAGGUGCAGAAAAGAUAUAUUGAAGAAUCCAGGUGAAAACAUUGAUGGGCGUGUAUCAAAUAAGCAUGUAAAAGUGGGCAAGACAGCUGCUGGAAAGACUGCGCCAUUAUCUGUGAAGAAUACAUUUACUUCCUCGCAGAAUUUGGCUGUACCUGGUAAACAUUAUGAAGACUUGAAAUCUCAAAAUCAAUUGGAGGUCUCCAGAACUACUUUGAAAAAGGAACCGGCUGAUAUUAGACCAAUUUUAGGUCCUUCUGCCUCUUUGAAAGUAUCAAAUAAUGAUGUCUCUUCUGUGGUAGAAGCCAAAGAUGCUGAUAAACAGAAGACAAUACUUCAGUCUAAGAACAGAGUGGACAAAUAUAAAGAUGCAAGUGGAGUGCAUGAUACUCCUCAUCAGAAGUACCAAGAAAAAAAAGUUUCUACACCUUCCAAAUCCCAACUUGGAAGAAUCCCAAGUAGUAUUGAUGAUUUAGAAAAUACUGGUCGAUCCAAAGAUAAAAAUGGCAUCAAUGAACUGCCAGAUCUAAACUUGUCUGAGGGAAAAUCUGUGAUGCAAGCACCAAAAUCUAAAAACAUGCUCAAAAAAGCUGGCUCCAGUGUGAGGUCAAAAUCUACAAUUCUUGAGAAAGCUAUUCAAGAUUUGGAGAAAACGGUUGCAGAGUCAAGGCCACCAACUACGGAAAACCAGGAGGUUGAUAGCACAUCCCAAGCUAUCAAACGGAGAUUACCGAGGGAAAUAAAGCUAAAACUUGCUAAAGUUGCUAGAUUAGCGCAGGCAAGCCAAGGGAAAGUAUCACAGGAGGUUGUUAACCGUCUUAUGAGUAUUCUUGGGCAUCUGAUUCAGCUCAGAACACUUAAGAGAAACUUAAAAAUUAUGAUCAAUAUGGGUUUGUCUGCAAAGAAGGAGAAAGAUGAUAGGUUUCAACAAAAAAAGAAGGAAGUUGUUGAGAUGAUAAAGAUGCAGGCCCCAUCUAUUGAAUCUGAGCAACAGCAGCAAGCUGGAGCAUCUGGUGGCCAAGAAUUGGGUCCUGAUGGAAAAGCAAUAUCUAAAAGGAAUUUUACUAUGGACACUGCAUUGGAAGACAAGAUUUGUGAUCUCUAUGACCUUUUUGUUGAUGGAUUGGAUGAAACUGCAGGUCAUCUAAUCAGAAAGUUGUAUGCUGAGCUAGCAGAGCUAUGGCCAAAUGGUUGCAUGGAUAACCAUGGGAUUAAACGUGCAAUUUGCAGAGCAAAAGAGAGACGCAGAGCAUUACACAGUAGAAAUAAGGAUCAGGAAAAAAUGAAAAGGAAAAGCCUAUUGGCAUCUCAGCCUGAGGAGAAUGUUCAAUUUGGUGCCAGUCCGCAACAGAACAUGCGAAAGAGAUUAGCUCCAGAAUCUAGCAGUCAUACUUCAUUGAAUAAGGCAGUUUCUAAUACAGUUACAGAUGUCCGGGUUCUCCACUCCCCUGUGAAUGGUCUGAAAAAAGAAAAAUCAAAGGCAAGUUCAAGCUCUUCCCCGGAUGAUGUUUUAAUUAAAAAGGUAAAGAAGAGAAAGACAGAAUGUGAGUUGGAAGGAACUCAUCGUCGCCCUGAGAAGCUGUUUUCUGUGAAGCAAGAAGAAAGGCCUAGGUCCCAAAAGCAGUCUGCAGUUGCUCCCCUCAAAUCAAACCUUCAGCCAACAUCUUUACCCAGUGUUGAACAGUCAAGCUAAAAUGGCGUCAGCAAGGAUGUCUCCACAACAGAAUGUGUAUCACUGUUUUUUGUUUGACCUGAUUCUCCCCCUUCAAUCCUUCCCGCACCAGAUCAAAUCGUACACUCACUGACUAUUACCGUUUUUGUUGUUAGUCGUCCUUGCAAAGUUCUGUAACAUAUAGAUAGCUUUGCUCAUUGUUUAGUGAUCCAAGGUGGUCGUGAUUCUCCAGUCAGUAUGCAAUUUUGGUUUUAUUUAAACAAUUGUGCUGUUUUGUUUUAUUUAUUAGAUUAGAAGUAACCGUGAUAGGGGAUUGAGCACUCUCAAAUAAACUUCACAUUAAAGUUUUGAAAUAGUUUUAGAGCACUCUUGAAUGAAAGACCGAAAUUCUGAAAGAUUAUCACAAACGGAGUUAUUAAUA